GACCACCUUCGCGACCAUCCAUAAUGUUUGCUCACUAUGAAUACCACCUCCAUAUUGUUCAUGGACCCCUCGGUCUACUUCCUUCUGUUCUUGCUCGAGUCUACUUUCUACUUCCUUCAAUUUGUCUCGUCGUUCGUUCUAUGCUCUGUCUUGUCUGACACCUCUUCGCCUGUGGCUUUCAUUCCUUUGCUGUUCCACCACGCGUAGCACGAGAGAGAGCCACCAUGACUGUCCUCGAGCGUUUUGCAGAUUCGCUCAAUCAUGCCGUCGCUCAAAGCCCGGUUGGGUACUACUUUCAUCUCGAGGGCUCUGCUCACCCACACUCGUUUGCGGGUUCAAAGUUUACGACUGAGCUUCGUGCUGGCCUCACGACGUUCUUCACAAUGGCAUACAUCAUCUCAGUCAAUGCCGCCAUCAUCUCAGGCACAGGAGGGACCUGCGAGUGUGCCCACACCUCUCAAGACCCGCUAUGCAAAGAAGACACCGAAUACCAACUCUGCGCCCUGGACGUCCAGCGCGAUCUGGUCACGGCCACAGCGGCCAUCUCUGCUCUGGCCUCCUUCCUGAUGGGCCUCCUGGCCAACCUGCCUGUUGCUGUUGCGCCAGCCAUGGGUCUGAACGCAUAUCUGGCUUUCCAAGUCGUCGGUCCUGCUGGAACAGGGCCGGUCAGCUACAAGCUCGCCAUGACGGCCGUGUUUGUCGAAGGCUUCAUUUUCGUCUUCCUAUCGCUCAUCGGCCUCCGACAGUGGCUCGCCAAGGUCAUCCCGGCGUCUAUCAAGGUAGCAUGCGGUGCUGGCAUCGGUCUAUUCCUCACCUUGAUCGGACUCUCCAGCGGUGCCGGCAUUGGCGCCAUCUCCGGAGACGUCUCAACACCACUCGCACUCGCGGGCUGCGACCCAAAGUACGUCGUGGCAGAACUCGGCCCAGCCUGCCAGAGCCACAAGGCCACCCUUCCAACCAUGUGGAUCGGCUUCCUCGUCGGCGGCAUCCUCACGGCCAUCAUGAUGACCUACAAGGUGCGCGGCGCCAUGAUCUUCGGCAUCGCCAUCGUCUCCAUCAUGUCCUGGCCGCGCAACAGCAACUUCACCUACUUCCCGCACGACGGGCCGACCGGCCUCGGCGAGUCGCGCUUCCAGUUCUUCAAAUCCGUCGUCGGCUUCCGCCCCAUCAAAAACACCCUCGCCGUGCAGGACUGGAAUCUCGCCGGCGCAGGCGGCCAGUUCGCCCUCGCCCUCUUCACCAUGCUGUACGUCGACAUCCUCGACUGCACCGGCACGCUCUACUCCAUGGCCCGCUUCAGCGGCGUCGUCGACCCCGACACCGGCGACUUCCCGCGCUCCACCGUCGCCUACUGCACCGACGCAAUCUGCAUCUCCAUCGGCUCCCUCUUCGGCACUUCGCCCGUCACGGCCUUUGUCGAGUCCGGCGCCGGCAUCCAGGAGGGCGGCCGCACGGGCCUGACCGCCAUGACGACGGGGCUGUGCUUCCUCGUCUCCGUCUUCUUUGCGCCCAUCUUUGCUUCCAUCCCGCCGUGGGCUACCGGCGGUGCGCUCGUGCUCGUGGGCUGCAUGAUGAUGAAGGGCACGCUGGCGAUAAACUGGGGGUACCCGGGGGACGCCAUCCCGGCGUUUGUGACGCUCGUGUUUAUGCCCUUUUCGUACUCGAUCGCGUAUGGUCUGAUUGCCGGCAUAACAACCUACAUCCUCAUCAACAGCACCACAUACCUGCUCAGCCUGCUCUCGCGCGGCCGCAUCGAGCCCGACGACUACGACCUCAAGGAGUACUGGUCCUGGCGCAGCGAGUCCCGCGGCGCGCGCCCCUGGUUCGUGCGUGCCGUCCGCGGCGACAAGAAGUUUUGGCGCGAGGAUGGCGGUGCGACGUCGGAUAGCUUUGAGUUGAGGAGUAAUGCCGAGGGCGGGAGUGUGGAGAGGGAGGGGAAGGGUGGGGUUGGGGUUGGGGUUGAGGGGAGAGGAGGGCUGAGGUGAUUAGGGUGGGAGAUUGGGGGGAUAAGAGUUGUGAUGAUGUGAUGAUGAGAUGAUGGGAUGGGGAUUGGGUGUUUUUGAUAUGAGGGUAUACGGGUGUGUGUGUAUGGCGGUGAAUGUGUAGGAUAAUAGGUCCAUGUAUUAACGAGGUAUGGGGUCAUGGAGAAUAGCAAAUGAAAGAUGAACGUCAAGGCAGUUAUUAAUCUUGGAUAUAAAACUGUUGUCUGCAGAUGGAUUACCACGAAGAAUGGAAUC